UGUUGUGUCGGGUGGAGCAGCUCCGUCUGCCAGCAGCUGGUGUUUAAACAUGGAGAUGGGUUUCUGUCAGCGAUAAGAAACCAUGAAGGGUCGCGCAUCACUUGCUGCUUAAAUGGCAUCUUCUCGCCAGUCCGCCUAACCAGCCAGCCGAGCUCCCCGCAGACCUGGCCUACAUGGCGGGUCUGUCUUAUCUGGUGCUUCGGUUCUCGGGCUCCGCUGGUCGGACCUACGGAGUGUUUUGUAAAGGCUUGACGAGGACUUUGUUGAUAUUUUUUGAUCUGGCAUGGCGACUGAGAAUCAGAUUCCCCUAUAUAUACUUAGUGGCUUCGAUGGUGUUUAAUGUCAGACUCCAAGUUCAUAUUGAAAUCCACUGAAAACUUGUUUUACGUUGGUAAGUGAAAAUCCAGGACUACCAUGCUACAGCCACUGAAAGACAAAUCCAAACUGUUUAGUCCGAGGAGAGGACACCCGAUCCUGAAAGCUGGUGUGACAAUGCAUUACAGUGAGGCGGCCGCUCCUUUUCAGCGGUCGUCAUUCGAGCUCGGUGCCUUUGCAGAUGAAGGACAGAACGGAUGCUUUUACAUGUGAGACAUGGUGAAGGGAUACGCGCCGGGAAAAGAGGCCUUGCAGCUGCAGAACCGGCACUUUCUUUGGGAAUAACUCGUGAUAUCAAAUCAUUGUAGCUGUGAAAAUUUGUAGCUUACACUUUUUAGUCUGUCUAUAUGUCAGUCAUGUAUGUUUAUCAAUAGUGUUACAUCUCAAUACUGUAAACCUGGACACAGUAAUUUACAACUGAAACAUCUCAGCAUGGCACAAACAAGCAUGUUUUUCUUUGUCCUCAGUGACACUGAGGUUGGUUUUACCUAAGCAAUGGUACACGCUGUCUUUGUGACGUUUACUUCAAAUGGAAAUCUUUCGAGUGCAGUAAUAUAGUGAGCGCCUGCUUGUCUUUUACUGGUGGUUGCACUUACAGCUCUUCACAGUCACUGUUUCUGCAAGAUAUAGAGGUGAUCUUAGUUAAAAAUGUAUGCAAAGCAUUUUAACACUACUCGAAGAAGUGAUUGUGAGAAUGAUUCAUUUCUGGGAGGAAUAAAUUAGUAAAACCACAGCUUUAUGUCUUUGUGUAGUAAAUGUCUGUCUGACUGGGCUAAAACUUUCCUUGUUGACAGAAUGUAUUUAGAUCAAUUCCUGUUUUAUAAAAUCUUUAAAGGGGAAAAGUUGUCUGUAUCUAGGAAAAAAACAUUAACAAAUACAAUAACUAGUUUGCUACAUAAAUAAAGCCAAAGAAAACAAUGUUACUUAUCUUUUCCCUUUUUAAGCAGGCAGUU